GAGCACAAGCCAUGCUUUAUCCUGUGACCCGCUCAUUUCUGUCUCAGGCACAGGAAACCCCUAAACUCUCUCAGCCUUGUCCCAGCGCCUGCACACACUCACACUCUCACACACCUCAGCGUGCUCAGAGACGAGAAUGGCUGUACGAAGAAUGAAUGAGCUCUGGAAAACGAUGGCACUGGCUUUAAUGUUCGGCUUUCUUUUGCUUCACAGCUGUCGGGGAGACGAGUCGACAGCAAAUCCUACAGCAGGUACAAUAACUUCCCCAUUACCGUCAAAAGCUUGGGGAACAGACCAUUCAGCUACACAAACAACAGCAGGUCCAACACCAACUCCAAGUCCCACUGAUCAAGAAACGACUAAACCAAGCCAAUCAGGUCGUGCUGACAAUUCUAAUGCACCUCAAGUAAUUGCCAACACUCCUGCUGCAAGCCUGUCGCCAUCUUCACCAGAACCAUCACAAACACAAAACAUCACCAUGACUGAAGAAAAGAUACUACCACAGAAUGCAAGUUCCAUAGUUUUAAAGCCGAAUCAAGAUGAAGUAAACAAUGCCACUGGGUCUUCUCAAGUACAUUCUGGGUCUUCCCCUACUGUUUUUGUGUCUGUCCUGAUGGCCGGUUUACUCCUUGCUGCCACAAUAGUCGGCAUAUACUACUUCAAGUGCCAUCGCCGAACCAACGGCAAAGGCAUUAAACUGGCUGAGGAGUCAUACAUGGCUGACGAGGAGAACCAGGGCAACACUCUGGUGUCCGUAGCCCCUCUAAACCAACCUGAACCCCAGGAGAAGCCCAGUCUUAACGGAGAGUCACAAGAGGCAGUGAAGGCCCAGACUCCUCCUGCCGCCACCAACGGCCACUCUACCACCAAAACAGCAGACACCGAGCUGUGAAUGAGCUGAUCUAACACCAAGGGUCUGGGUGAAACACUCUGUCCCUGCUUCUUAAACCCAGCUCAAUCUACUGCAUAUUGACUUUGGCCGUAAGAAGGCACAAGGGAGGCAAAGAUUCAAGUUCACAAAUUUACAUGUAAAUAUGAUGCAAAAUGUUCAAUUUAAGUUCAAACAGAACAUCUUUUGAGCCAAAGUUAAAGAUACGGAAUUCAAUUAUAUAGGACUAAAAAUGGGAUGAAAUAAUUGGUCAAGUAAUCCUCCUCCCUAUCCAUCAAAAUAAAUGUACACGUUUCAGUGCUAUAUGAAAGAUUGUUGUAUGUUAUGAAAGCAGUUGUAAGUGCCAGUUAUGACAGUAAUGAUUUAUAGCAAGAAAAUUGUAAUAUGAUGCAAAAACAAUCAUUUUAGUCCAAGAGGUUCAUCCUUUAAAUACAAUACAGUACUGCUGUGGGGUGGGGGACCUUUCCCAUGAGACAUUGUUGGCUUCCAUAAGAGCAGCAAGGGCUGCAACGGAACGCCGGGAGGAUCCCUGCUCCUGUCCCAGCGCUCCACAGCUUCUAACUGAGAGUAAAUCAGAUCACAAAGAAACACUUAGGACGCAAGUGUUUUUGUUUGCGACGGGUUGUUUGUGUGUUCCUAGACUGUAUGAAAUGUUCCAUAUGUUUGUCUUUGUGUACAGAUUUGACUAGUUAAUAGUCUUGUAUAAUUUUGUUAAUAUCACUGCAUGACAAAGUAAUGAUUCUUGGAGUUGCUGAGCAUGAAAAAUCAGUUCAAGCAUCAAUGCAUCAACUCCAUUUCAUUGCUGCAAACAACUGUUGAUGUAGAAUCCAACAAAUUAGAUAUGCAGCAAAGCCCGUUAGUGCUCAGGGUGACAGCUAAGUGUUAUCUGACAUUUCUGGAUUGAGUUACAGCUUUACCGUACUUUGUAAACCAGUAUUAUGCUCUUUUUGUAAUAUUUCUAUUCCAGACAUUUAGAUGUAGUGUUUAUGGACUGAAUGACUGACUUAAUUGUUUGAAUGGCCUGCCCUGAUUAUUAGAAGUUUCUUGGGUGGGUGCGUUUUAUUUUGUAUCUACAUUUGCUACUACACUGUACAGAAAUCAUUAGGCAAAGAAAUUAUGUAAUUGGGUGCAGCUGAAAAGCCCUGGACCAUCAAUUUUAGUUUUUGAUUAACUCCAAUGUAAUAAAAAACAGUGCAGACAAAAAGAACAUUUCUACACUACCUUUAAACCUAUUUCUCGUUAAAUACUUUACAUUACUUCACAAAAUUUCUGACACAAACUUAGGGUCAAAAUUUGGUGCUAGAGUGACUGUAUUUUUUUAAAUAAACCAAUAGAAAAGUAUGUUUUAAACAUAUAUACAUAUGAAUAUCAUGUCCUUUAUUUGAACUAUGCCAUUUUGUUUUAACAUUCCGGUGUUCCGUCAUAUUUUUGAUCGGUGUACUAGCAUUGUGUUAAACUGAUGUAUGUUUGUGAUAGGAAUAAAGUUUUGAAAAAUAAA